GUUCCAGAGAAGUGAGGGCUCCAAGCUUCAGAGGCCAGAGUAGCAGAGAACAAAGAUUCUCCCACCAUGAAGAACCGUGUGGGUACAUGGGGGCUGGCCAUCCUCUGCCUGCUGCUUGCUAGCCACCUCUCCACGGUUAAGGCCAGGGGCAUAAAGCAUAGGUUCAAGUGGAACCGGAAGGUCCUGCCCAGCAGCGGCCAGAUUACCGAAGCCCAGGUGGCUGAGAACCGCCCAGGAGCCUUCAUCAAGCAAGGCCGAAAGCUGGACAUCGACUUUGGAGCAGAGGGCAACAAGUACUAUGCGGCCAACUACUGGCAGUUCCCUGAUGGGAUCUACUACGAAGGCUGCUCUGAAGCCAACGUGACCAAGGAGGUGCUGGUGACCCGCUGCGUCAACGCCACCCAGGCGGCCAAUCAGGCUGAGUUCUCCCGGGAGAAGCAGGAUAGCAAGCUCCACCAGCGAGUCCUGUGGCGGCUGAUCAAAGAGAUCUGUUCCACCAAGCACUGCGAUUUCUGGCUGGAAAGGGGAGCCGCGCUGCGAAUCACCGUGGACCAACAGGCGAUGGUCUGCCUGCUGGGUUUCAUUUGGUUUAUUGUGAAGUAAACAGCAAUGAAACUGGCAGCCACAGAGGUGAGCUGGUGGGCAAAGGUGAACAGAGGUAGCCCAGUUCUCACUCUCUAGCCCCCGAGUGUCCUGAAAGUACAGUGUGUAGCGAUUCUCGGCAACUUCCAAAGUCCCUCCCGAGUACUCCCUCUGCUCCCUGUGUUUGAUAAGGUGUUACAGUGCCCCCAUGCCCCACCCCUGUGGGACCUAGCUUGUUCCUGCCUUUACAGCUACACUAGGUGAUAAACCAGUCAAAGUAUGAAAGAAUUGUCCUGGGCACUCCACCUGAUUUUCCAACUCCAGGAAACUGAGGCUCACAUUGCUGGAGUCCCCCUCCAGGACAGUUAGAAAAUAGCAGAGCUGGGGUUCCCCUGGUCUAUCUUCCCUCAGGUUUUCUGCUCUGGGUAGCCUAGAGCUACACAAGAGGCUGUGUAGAGCUGCCUCCUGGUCCCUUCAAGACUCAGGUCCAAGUGCAGUCCUGAAUGUGGAGUGAAAUGUGGAAGUCACACUCUGAAGUAAGUGGGAAGCCCUGAGCACCUUGACACGACACCUUGCCCGACACUACAAUAUAACAGAAGUCAAACUAAAGUAGACGUGACACUAGACAAAGGCUCAGAAAUCAGAUUGUAGGGAAAUUCAUCACUCACCUCCCAGACAGCAGCUUCAGGGCGGAUGUGUUUGUGGUUUCUAGAUGCUUCUUCACAAGGAUUGCCGGUUGCUAGUUGGGUCCCUGCAAUAUCUGCAAAGUUAAAAAAAAAAAACACCCUUGUAAAUAACACAUUUGCAUCUCUCUCUCUCUCUCUCUCUCUCUCUCUCUCUCUCUCUCUCUCUCUGUGUGUGUGUGUGUGUGUGUGUGUGUGUGUGUGUGUGUGUGUUCCUUUGUUUUUCUAGAAAGGAAUUUAUGUACCCAGGUUGGCCCCAAACUCAUGAUCUUCUGGCCUCUGCCUCCUGAAUGCCGGGAUUACAGACAUAGCACCAAGCCCGAUGUGUGUUUACUGCUGAAGUCCCCUGGCCCUAUGUGCAUGCGUGUUCUUAGACAUCUGUGACGCUUGCUUUGCACAGGACUCUCUGCAAUCACUCCGUUUUUAAAACCUCUUUGGUAAGAGCUAAUCUCUGUGAAUCAUUUAACACUCCAAAAAUAUAAUUAUUGGCCAAAAGGCUGAAGAGAAAUGACACCUUUAGAGAGACCCAAUAACAAAUCGAUAUGCCACUUUGUGGAUUUAAAUGUGUAUUAAACUAUGAGUGCUACUUGAAUGUUUAAAAAUCUUUUAAGAUUCUUCUGCAGGCUUUCCUCACCUUUCAGGACCCCAGAAGUUGCUGAACUGAACGGUUCUGGAGAUAACCGCUGCUGGUUGUAGUCUCUUGUAAAAGGAACAUCUGCCAGGGGGGUCGGGUAUUGUCAAAGGAGUCAUCUGCAACGUUCCAGAACACGAGUGCUGAUAACAGUACCUCACGAGCCGAGUUCCCUGUGCUAUCAGUUCUCCUCAAGGACACCUCUGGGAAGCUUCACAUGGUAAAGGGACAUGAAGCAGGGCAGCCCAAGGAUUCACAGCCUUCCCCUGGAACCUGUACCACUGGACAGACAGCCCCCGAAAACCAACCUGCUACAGUACUCCACUGCCGCCAAGACACGCCCCCUCGGCUUACUGUCUACUAAUUCUACAGCAGAGGGCGUGGAGAAGCCCAGAACACACAGUUUAUCCCUUGCAUGUCAUUUUAAAUAUCAGGCAAGAAAGAAGGAAUAGUUCUUAGAUGGUGAUGUUGUCAUUUCAGCUCCAGGCUUAAGGCUUAGUUUCCAGGGCGCACAAAGCCAUGGACAGCCAACUUCCUUCUGGCGAGAAAAUGCUUAGGCUGGACAGAGUCCAUGCUCCACGAUUGCCGUGUUCUCUCCGACUAUUGGUCGUCUCUGCCCACGAACUAACUGCGACAGCCAAUAAGUGUCAGUGUGAUUUGACUACCAAAUUCGCUUAUUUCGUUUUGUUUUUUUAUUUAAGCAGGGAUGUUCUUGCUUACUUACUUACGGAUCAGGAGGGGGUUUCUUAGCCCUUCUAAGAGUUCCUGAGCUAAAACGUGUGCUCUGUAGAACUGCACGCAAACUGACAGCCGAGUAAAAGGGGGCGGGGCUGCAAUUCCUGAGUCUGAUCGGUCACAAAGUUUUCACCUCUCCAGACUCCCCACUCCUUUACUCAUUUGCAACUGCAAAUGUAGCAAUUUGCAAUCCUAAUACCGGGCCAGAACGCUGGGUACCUUAAAGCUUUACUUGACAUCAUUUAGUGCUUUCUGUCCAUUUUUUAAUGACUUUUGUUUUCUUGUUUCUUUAACCCUAUCCCCUCCUUCUACCCUAGUAUGAGACCCGUACCCCUUUACUGUGUCUAAAUAUAAAGAUGAGGGUUUUAAUUUUGUUUCAUUACAACCUUUAAAAUACAAAGAGCACUUGUAUGUUUGUUUCUCUGCGGCUUGUAUUCCUGACUUAAUGGAAUACCAUUACACUCUCUGGAUCGGUAACUAGGUAACAUCUAACUAGUCCUUUUAGAUGACCAUGAAAUAUUCCACAGGACAGAUGCACUUCAAGUGACUUAGCAAUUUCCUUGUUGACAGAUUCUCAGAUUGUUCUUAUCCUGCAAACAAUAAACACCCGUAAAUAG